UAUUUGGCGAGUUACCUCCCUUAUCCAAUCUGCGCCCCCAAACUGGGUCACUCCGCUUUGUUUACCCAUUUUAAUACCUCCCAUAAAACAACAACGAACCUGCUGUAAAUGGAGUCUUAAAUCUGUCACAAACACUGGCACACGAAUAUAUGACGACAAACAACAGGACGUACUCGACAAUGAUAUCGCCCUAAGGGAUCGCCUCAUGCGGACAUUUAAAUUGGAUGUGUGGCUCACGAUUUUGACGGAUUUAAAUGCAAACCGUGUUUGAUUUGCUAGUUCAGUAGGACGUCUUCGCUGUACAGAAUGGCUCAUUCCAAUACGUCGGGUGAUUCAUCCCAGAUACAAGACAAUGUGCUGAAAGUUGUCACGAAAUAUUCACAUUUGGAACAAUUACAGUGGGCGGGUGACAUUUCUAAGCUGAAAAUAGAAAGUGAGGACAGAAGCAACGUCUUCAGGGUCUACUUUGGCGGCAGUGACAGCAGCAGCAUCGUCGUACAGUGUGCUACACCAAUGGAUGCGAAAGAACCACACAGAGACAACGCUCAGUUAGAAUUUAAUGCUCUCACCAAAUUCGACAGCCUGGCACCUGGAAGUGCAGUGAAACCCGUCUUCUAUGAUCCGGAAUCCAAAAUAUUGUGUAUAGAGGACCUCCGUGACUACGUCAUCUACCGCAACUCACUCAUCAGCGGGCAUCUCGACGAAGACGCCGCCCUCAAACUGGCGAGAGACGUGGCCGUCAUACACAGAGACACCCACGUCGCCAACAUAGGGGCGGACGCCAUCAAGCAGCUGGAUAAGGAGUUUCAAAAUGCGACGACGUUAACGAUACGCGAGCAGCUUUUGUUCACGUCACCCUUCACUCCCGGUGACCCCAGUCACCAGUGUUCCGACGCGGUGAAGGCCAGGCUUGAUUGGCUUUACGGGGACCAGGAGGUGCUCCGGGCGGCCGCCGAGAUGAAGAGGGUCUUCCUGGAGAAGAAGGAGGCUCUGGUUCACGGGGAUCUCCACACCGGCUCCAUCAUGGUCAAAGACGAAGAUGCCAAGAUCACUAACGCUGGGUGCAGCUACGUGGGACCGUGUUCCCUCGACCUUGGACUCCUCGUGGCCAACUACAUCUUCACGUACUACUGCCACAUCCUCUGCCCCGAAGACAACGACAACCGCAGGGUCUUCGCUUACAGGGUCGUCGAGAUGUGCAACAAAACAGUUGACGAAUAUUUUAAACACAUGACAAGCGUUACAGAAGACGUUGAAAUCUACCAAGCUAAGUUUAUAUCUGAGAUGGCUGGGUUCGCUGGUUGCGAGAUAAUUAGAAGGUUGGUAGGCCCCUCCCACGUGGGUGAGUUUGACCACACCCAUGAUGCUGAGAUCGAUGCCCUGGGUGCAGGGGUGAGACUGCUGAAGGCCUACGACAGGAUACACAGUAUUGGGACCCUGAUGCUCAUAGCCCUCAUGCUGGCCUGAAUCUCUGUAUCACACUGGUCUGUGACUAAACACCAGAAUGACAUGUUCGCAACUCUUAGUUAAGCCAUUUGAGCAACACUAUGCUAAAUUUCUGGUCUGUGACUGAAUGCCAGUAUGACAUGGGAGCAACACUAUGCUAAAUUUCUGGUCUGUGACAGAACGCCAGUAUCCCAUAUGAGCAACACUAAGCUAAAUCUCUGGUCCGUGACUGAAUGCAAGUAUUCCAUUUGACCAACUAAGCGUAAUCUCUGGUCCGUGACUGAAUGCCAGUAUUCCAUAUAAACAACACUAUGCUAAAUCUCUGGUCCGUGACUGAAUGCCAGUAUUCCAUAUAAACAACACUAUGCUAAAUCUCUGGUCCGUGACUGAAUGCCAGUAUUCCAUAUGAGCAACACAAUACUAAAUCUCUGGUCUGUGACUGAAUGCCAGUAUCCCAUAUGAGCAACACUAAGCUAAAUCUCUGGUCCAUGACUGAAUGCAAGUAUUCCAUUUGACCAACUAAGCGUAAUCUCUGGUCCGUGACUGAAUGCCAGUAUUCCAUAUAAACAACACUAUGCUAAAUCUCUGGUCCGUGACUGAACGCCAGUAUUCCAUAUAAACAACACUAUGCUAAAUCUCAAUUUGUUGUGUUGCAGACUGUUGAUACGGAAAACAAUAUCUAUUAAGAGGUACAACAAUAAAAUAAUUGCAGCUGUGAUAAACAGUAGAGAGGUAUGGAGUUCCAGCCUACUUCGGCAUUGGUGGAAAGUUGAAUUUUAUAGUUAGGUAACUGCCUUGCCUUGGGAAGAUGAAUACAAGGAGCACUGUAAUCAGUCCAUAUCAGUUUCUUUUUCCAUUAGGCUUAGUAUGCUUCAGAUAUUGUCAGUCUAGACCAUGUAGUUAGAAGCCAAAACAUGAGGACGAAUGAGAUGCACAUGACUAUCAACUUAUUUGUGUGAGAGUCCAUCUGACUUUCUGUUAUGAUAUACCCCGGACCCAUUUGUACCGCAGCUUUGAACUGAGUACGAUUCAGAUAACUCAUUGCAUUAAAUAGCCAUCAAAGUAACCCACAUUCAUGUGGAAAAGAUGUGUGGAAAGCUAGUCAUCUAGUUGAUCAAAGUUGAAACAAUUGUGAAUGGGUCUUGGGUAUAUGAUGUAAGAAUGGAGAUAUAAUAUGCUGGAACAUGUUACAUUGUAAUACACAGAAAUAUUAAUCUAAGUUAUUUCAUCCAUGACACUUCAUCAUCAUAUUAACAGUAAAGGCCAGUUCAAGUUUUCAAACACGUUUAUUGUUUUAGUUUAAGACACUCGUUAAACAGACAAACAGGUGAAUCCAAGACUCUACUCUCAUAGUCUAUGAUGCCUUGACCCAUUAAUCUAGUUCUCUCCAGUCCAUUCACAGUGCAGACUUACUGGACUAAGUACUGAACCAGAAGACCAUGUAUUUGGCAACAGUCUUCAUAUUUCAAUCAGGACGAAAGAAGCUUCCACAUCAACAUAAAAAACACAACUGUUCCACAUAGCUUUUGACAUAGCUAAUUAGGUUAUGUUAAGCAAGCGUCACUGAGAACAAAGCCCAUGAGUACAGCUAUGGAGCUGACAAACUUUAAGAAUCAUAAUCAGGGUGAAUCUGGGAUUCCUACCCUUGGUCACAUGUUCCUGGCAUGGAAAAGGGGAGCAACUCUGCACAGCAAAUUUCAACUAUGCCACCACUCUAUGUCCCCCAGGUAGAGUCCGAGUUCAACAGACAACUCGGAAUGUGUGUUAGUUUUUAGGAUCAUGUUACAAUUAAAACAACACAGUGUACUUGAAAUAUAUUUUAUUUUAUUUGUCAUAUUUUUGUAAUAUAAACCACUUUCCAAGGUAUUAGCAAGUCAAUUAUCUGCUAUAAUUCUGCCACACACUAUCAAACUGCACAGUCAUCAUGGCCUAGAAAUGUCUAUAAUGGCAUCAACAGAACAAUCACGUAUACAGAUUAUCAUGAAUAUGAUUAUUAUGACUGCAUUGGAAUGAAAACAAUCACAGAUUAAACAAGUGAUGUAUCACACAGCAUAAAAAAAAGGAUUCAUUCCUAUGAACCUUAAAUAACCACUUACAUAGUUGCAUUACAAACAGUACUACAUGGAGUACCACUAGUUAAGUCUCAUAUUAUACAAGAGCAACAAAUAUAUAAAAACAAUGUUGCCUAAACAAUAUAGUUUUCCAUAUGAGAUCAUAACAAAUCCUUGUUUAUCAAGGUUAUUAUACAUGUACCUCCAUGUUGCUUGGACCCAACUGCCACCAUAUCUGUUUCGAGUUGGUAUUUGAUUGAAACGGCACUAAAAAUAGACGUCCAAUACCUAUCAGUACUUCAUGAUUAAAACAAGAAGCAAAUCACUAAUACCAGUACUCAACUUGACUGUUGCGUGCUGUCUCAAAUACAGCUUGCAUAAGGACUUUCCUCCCUGUCUUAGUACUCAGGAAAACAUCAUUUUGAACAGAAAGUUCAUUUUUGCUGUCUUCUGAUUCUUCUAUCAAGCGCCACAUUUUCAAUGCGUUGGGAAGAGGCAUUUUGACUAGUUGAUUUCAAGUUCAUGAGUUAAGUUUGUGAUAAGAGAGAUGCAGGGUUUUAUGCGGCCGACAAAUGUAUGUCCAGUUUGCUCAAAUGUAGAGAA